AUGGCCUCAAAUAGGUCCAGAAGUACUGGAGAAUCAAUUAUAUGGCGUAGACGUAAUAUUUAUCGUCGACGUUAUAGUUAUUACGAUAACAUAUUUCGUGAAAUACGUCAUUAUCAACGGACAACAAAUUCAUUAGUGCCAAAAGCAGCAAUUGUACGGGUGAUUAAAAGUAUAUUACCGCAACAUAUACGUAUACAACGGUCAGCUGUUGAAGCAUUACAAGAAUCUGUUGAGGUGUAUAUUGUUCAAUUUUUAAGUGAUUCUGACUUAUGUACGUUUAAUGCUAAGAGAAGAACAUUAAUGACCAAAGAUAUGUUAUUGACACGUCGCAUACGUGGUCGGGCUGAUAUUAUUAAUAAAUAA